UGUUUCAGGGACUAUUUUUGGCAGAGGUCAGAAACUGAAUGCAAAGAAAGGUAGGUCUUUAAUCAUUCAGUACAAUUUCGAUAAAAGUUUUAAGUUUGUAAAUAAACAACGGAAAACUUUUACAGACCGAUUGUGCGACUUGAUUUAUCAAACUAUUAAAUUACUUCACUAGCUACCCGUGAAUAUUCAAGAGUUUAAGUUUAAAAUAUGUGUUUGAGGCAGGCUUAAGGUAUUUAACAUCUUAAUGCACUAAAUAAAUGGAAAGAACAAGGCUUUAUUUUUGCAAAACUUGUGUUGCAACCAAGUAUUAUUGGUAGUCGUCAUUGUGACGCUAACAUUUCUUUUUUUCAGUUUUGAAGAGGAAGCCCGCAAGAAAGAUGUAGAACAGCAAAGACAGGUAUUCUGAUUUCUUUGUAAUGUUGUGUCAACGUAGCAGAUUGCUUAUUAUUAUUAUUAUUUUUCUUUUUUAAAGCUUCCGAUGAGGAAGGAUUACAUGCUAGCAACUGAACUGCGUAGAGCGGGCCCGGCAUAAUUAUCGAAAACUCCAAACCCAAACAAAACAAAAUUUCAGAGUUUCAUCAGAACUGUUUAUUUGGUUAUAUUCAAUUUCAGAGGUACUAAUGCAAAAAGAUUUUCUUUUAUUGUAUUUUUCAAAGAAGAAAAUAAACUAUGAAAAUAGUCAAGAGAAGGUAAGAAUCACACCAUGAAGGGAAAAAAAAACAAAUCGAGCAAGUCUUUAGUUUACUUUUUUUUUUUAGUCGUCAUGGUUUCGACAACGCCUAUUAUAAAAAGGAGAGGACAUAUCUGAAAGUAAAACACAUUAUAAAUAACAAGUACACGAUUCCGUUUCUCUCCUGACAAAUUAGAGCUGUAACGUUAAUUCAACGGGUUCGAAGCCUAUAUGGUUGACUUUGCAGCUCUAAUAUUUCAGACUCUUUGAAAAUCUAAUCAAUCUUUGUCCAAAAUACCACAAAUGAAAAAACUUUGACUAAUAAAACCAUUGUUUCACUCACCCACCGAAGCGGUGCAGCAGUGUUUUUAAAAGCUGUUAACUUGUCAACUAGUGUCAUAUGCUUUAAAUAUUUUUAAAUGGAAUAUCUUUCUUGUGGAAAUUAAAAUGUAGUUUACUCGUAACUUUCUAAAUUUUACUUUGUAGAAAGCGGAAUAUAGUGGAUUGAUAUAAAGGUAGCCAUUAGGGGGGGGGAGUGAUUUUCCGUCUCUGUCUUUCCUUUGAGGGGCUAUCGGAGAAUAUUUUCAUUUUUGAAAUUCCAUUAUAGCAUUGCAGCAUACAAAAACAAAAAUUUAUAUUCACAGAAAACUGUUGACUAAACUGAGCGAGCAGCGUAACAUAUUGAUUAGUGAAAUAAAGCUAUCAGGGAUUGUCUAUUUGCACGAGUUGUCACCCAUCUUGUUACACCCCCCGUCAGUCAGGUUUUUGAAUCGGCUGUUUGGACGCACUCAAGUUACCGAAACUUUGUGAAAAGUUUGCCGUCAGAAGGAGGUGGGCGUUGUGAGGUGGAUGUUCCUCUUGAGACGAGGGCAUUUUUGGAAUGUGGCGUUUGUUAUGGAUAUUUUAGAUGCUGAUAUUAACUAUUGAUAUCAUAAAACGUUGGCCGCAGCAGUUCCACGUUUGUUCUCGUUGAUAUCAACAUCAACAGAAUAUGAAGUUUUUUUUACUAAGAUGAUCCACUAAGUUUAUGCGAUGAUCAUGGAUAUUUUAGAUGCUGAUAUUAACUAUUGAUAUCAUAAUGUUUGUUCUCUUUGCAGAAUGAAUGCGCGUCCAUAAUUCAACGGGCUUGGCGUCGACUAAAACUAAAAAGACUUGAAUUUCAGGUAAUUUGAUAUAGUUGACAGUAAUUUACAUGGUAAAUUCAAUCAUUUAAUUUUAUGGAGCGAUUUCAGUUGUAUAAAAUGAUGGGAUUAUUUUAAAAUAAAAAGGGAAGUUGGGUUCCAAAGGUUAACAUCAAAAUAUUUAUUUCAAGAUGUUUACAAUGAAUUUGUCUUAAAGGAAUCCAAAUCGAGAGUGGAAUAUUUCACUCCAUGUACACUGGGCUUCACUUUCCAACUCUUCAGAGGUGCUUAUGGUGACAUCUUAUUACAAUCACAAUGAAAAUAAAUAGACAAGAAAAAACAAAACAAAACAAACAAACAAACAGUGAUGCUUGUGAAAAACAUCUGAACCGAGACUGAACCAGCGAUGUGUCAUUGUGAGGGGGUGGCUGUUGUAAGAAAGAGGCGGUUCAUAGGAAGGUGUUCUGUGUAGAGAAGUGGCCCUUCUGAAGAGGUGCUCAUUUCUAGGAAGGCAGCCGGUGUAUGGAGGUAACCGUUUUAGGCGGGUGAGUGCAGAAGAGACUUUUCGUAUAAAGUAGAUCUCUAUUAUGUACUUCGACAUGGCGUGACGACUUUAAGAUGCUGAUAUUUUAUGCUGACAUUAUCAAAAUUGUUGUUUACUUUGCAGAAUUAAUGUGCCGUUAAGAUUCAAAAGGCGUCACGUCUUUUAAAUCUUAACUGCAAGUUUCAUUAUUUUUAAAACUUUCUCGCCGAUUUUAAUUGAAGUCUGAUCCAACAAGUUGAGAUUCUUUCUAAAAGGCAUUAUUUGCUCCCUUUCGACUCCAUGGCCUUAUCAGGGAAAUGGAUUCACAAUUAUCAUCAGUAUAUAACUACUUAUCAGUUUGCAAUUAUUGCUUUUCUCCUGACAGAUUGAGGCCGUCAAAUUAAUACAGAGAGCUUGGAGAAAGCAUCGAAGAACGAGGAGGGUAAUAAUUUUUAGCCAUAAUAUUCUGUAUUCAUAUUUUAUCUGUAGUCCAUGUUCAACUUCUACAUUUUUAAUCCUCCACAUAGACCAAAAAAAUUGACUGUAAGGGGAGAGAAUUUUUUGUCUUUGAAAACACAUCUUGUUACACCCCCGUCAGUCGGGUUUUUGAGUCGGCUGUUUGGACGCACUCAAGUUACCGAAACGUUGUGAAAAGGUUGCCGUCAUAAGGAGGUGGGCGUUGUGAGUGGGUUGUUGCUCUUGAGACGAGGUCAUUGUUGGAAUAUGGCGUUUAUUAAAAGUUAAUCGUUGUUGAGAAAGUUCCCGUUGUAGGGAGAAGACCAUUUUCAAAACGUUGGCCGCAGCGGUUCAACUGGAAAAAAUAGACCUUUGAUAUCAACAUCAACAGAAUAUGAAGUUUUUAAGAUGAUGACACUGGAAGUUUAUGCGAUGAUCAUGGAUGUUUUAGAUGCUCAUAUUAACUGUUGAUAUCAUAAUAAUUGUUGUUUACUUUGCAGAAUGAAUGCGCGUCCAUAAUUCAAAGGGGUUGGCGUCGACUAAAAUUAAAAAGACUUGAAUUUCAGGUAAGUUGAUAUAGUAAUGACAGUAUGAUCACAGUUAUACAUAGUAAAUUCAAUCAUUUAAUUUUAUGGAGCGAUUUCAGGUGUAUAAAAUGGUGGGAUUAUUUUAAAAAUAAAAAGGGAUGGGGGUUCCAAAGGUUAACAUUAAAAUUUUUCUUUCAAGUAGUUUACAAUGAAUUCGCUUUUUUAAAGGAAAUCCAAACCGAGAGUGAGAUAUUUCAUUCCAUGUACACUGGGCUUCAACUUUCCAACUCUUUAAACGUGCUUAUAGUGACUUGUUAUUACAAUCACAAUGAAAAUAAAUAGAUUAGAAAAAACUAAACAAAACAAACAAACAAACAAACAGUGAUGCUUGUGAAAAACAUCCUAAGUUAAAUCAUAUUUAAUAGCGUCCCUUAAUUAAGUAUUGUAGACAUUUCAUCCACUCUUUAGUGAUGUAAAGCCGACGGUUCUCAGUAACAAAUAUUUUUCUAAAUUGGGCCUUGACGAAAGGGGAGUUUCGUUGCAGUUGGGACGCGCUUUAGUUGCUGUGUCAUUGUGAGGGGGUGGCUGUUGUAAGAAAGAGGCGGCUGGGAAGGUGUCCUGUGUAGAGAGGUGGCCCUUCAGAGGAGGUGCUCAUUUCUAGGAAGGCAGCCAGUGUACAGAGGUGACCGUUGUAGGCGGAUGAUUGCAGAAGAGACUUUUCGUAGAAAGUAGACCUCUAUUAUGUACUUGAACAUGGCGUGACGACUUUAAGAUGCUGAUAUUUUAUACCGACAUUAUCAAAAUUGUUGUUUACUUUGCAGAAUAAAUGUGCCGUUAAGAUUCAAAAGGCGUCACGUCUUUUUCAUCUUCAUUGAACUUUUAUUCUGCAAAUUCGUUGCCAUAAAUUGAGAAGAUUAAAAUGAGAAGAGCUCAAACUCAAGGUACUAGAAGAUAGUAAUGGCGGUUGGUGCAGAGUUAGAUGGCAAGUUUCAUCAUUCAACUUUCUUGGCGAUUUUAGUUGUAAUCUGAUCCAACAAGAUGAGAUUCUUUCUAAAAAGCAUUAUUUGUUCCUUUUUCACUUCAUGGCUUCAUCAGGGAAAUGGAUUCACAAUUAUCAUCAGUAUAUAUUUACUUAUCAGCAUAUAAUUACUGCUUUUCUCCUGACAGAACAAGGCUGUCAAAUUAAUACAGAGAGCUUGGAGAAAGCAUCGAAGAACGAGGAGGGUAAUAAUUUAGCCAUAAUAUUCUGUAUUUUUCAUAUUUUAUCAGUAGUCCAUGUUCAACUUCUACAUUUUUAAUCCUCCACAUAGACCAAAAAAAUUGACUGUAAGGGGAGAGAAUUUUUUGUCUUUGAAAACACAUCUUGUUACACCCCCCGUCAGUCGGGUUUUUGAGUCGGCUGUUUGGACGCACUCAAGUUACCGAAACGUUGUGAAAAGGUUGCCGUCAUAAGGAGGUGGGCGUUGUGAAGUGGUUGUUGCUCUUGAGACGAGGGCAUUGUUGGAAUAUGGCGUUUGUUAAAAGUUAAUCGUUGUUGAGAAAGUUCCCGUUGUAGGGAGAAGACCAUUUUCAAAACGUUGGUCGCAGCGGUUCUACAAAAAAAAUAGACCUUUGAUAUCUACAUAAACAGAAUAUGAAGUCUUAUGAUGAUGAAACUGGAAAUUUGAUGCGAUAAUCAUGGAUAUUUUAGAUGCUCAUAUUAACUGUUGAUAUCAUAAUAUUUGUUUUCUUUGCAGAAUGAAUGCGCAUCCAUAAUUCAACGGGGUUGGCGUCGACUAAAAUUAAAAAGACUUGAAUUUCAGGUAAUUUGAUAUAGUAAUAACAGCAUGAUCACAGUUAUACAUGGUAAAUUCAAUCAUUUAAUUUUAUGGAGCGAUUUCAAUUAUAUAAAAUGGUGGGAUUAUUUUAAAAUAAAAAGGGAAGGGGGUUCCAAAAGUUAACGUCAAAAAUUUUCAAACAAACAAUGAAUUCGCUUUUUUAAAGGAAAUCCAAACCGAGAGUGAGAUAUUUCACUCCAUGUAUACUGGGCUUCAAAUUUACAACUCUUUAAACGUGCUUAUGGUGACAUCUUAUUAAAAUCACAAUGAAAAUAAAUAGAUUAGAAAAAACUAAACAAAACAAACAAACAAACAGUGAUGCUUGCGAAAAAUUUCCUAAUCGAGACUGAACCAGCAAGGUACAGAAGUUAAAUCCUAUUUCAUAGCAGGGUUGGUCAUCCCUUAAUUAAGUAUUGUAGAAAUUUCAUCAAUUCUUUAGUGAUGUAAAGCCGACAGGGUUCUCAGUAACAAAUAAUUUUCUAAAUUGGGCCUUGACGAAAGAAGAGUCUCGUUGCAGUUGGGAGACGCUCAAGUUGCUGUGUCAUUGUAAGGGGGUGGCUGUUGUAAGAAAGAGGCGGUUCAUGGGAAGGUGUUCUGUGUAGAGAGGUGGCCCUUCUCCAGGGUUGAUCAUUUCUAGGAAGGUAGCCGGUGUACGGCUUAACUGCAAGUUUCAUUAUUUUUAAAACUUUCUCGGCGAUUUUAAUUGUAGUCUGAUCCAACAAGUUGAGAUUCUUUCUAAAAGGCAUUAUUUGUUCCCUUUCGACCCCAUAGCCUUAUCAGGGAAAUGGAUUCACAAUUAUCAUCGGUAUAUAAUUACUUAUCAGUAUAUAAUUACGGCUUUUCUCUUGACAGAACAAGGCUGUCAAAUUAAUACAGAAAGCUUGGAGACAGCAUCGAAGAACGAGGAGGGUAAUAAUUUUUAGCCAUAAUAUUCUGUAUUUUUCAUACUUUAUCUGUAGUCCAUGUUCAACUUCUACAUUUUUAAUCCUCCACAUAGACCACAAAAAUUGACUCCAAGGGGAGAGAAUUUUGUUGUCUUUGAAAACACAUCUUGUUACACCCCCGUCAGUCGGGUUUUUGAGUCGGCUGUUUGGACGCACUCAAGUUACAGAAACGUCGUGAAAAGGUUGCCGUCAUAAGGGGGUGGGCGUUGUGAGGUGGAUGUUGCUCUUGAGACGAGGGCAUUGUUGGAAUAUGGCGUUUGUUAAAAGUUAAUCGUUGUCGAGAAAGUUCCCCUUGUAGGGAGAAGACCAUUUUCAAAACGUUGGUCGCAGCGGUUCUACAAAAAAAAUAGACCUUUGAUAUCUACAUAAACAGAAUAUGAAGUCUUAUGAUGAUGAAACUGGAAAUUUGAUGCGAUAAUCAUGGAUAUUUUAGAUGCUCAUAUUAACUGUUGAUAUCAUAAUAUUUGUUUUCUUUGCAGAAUGAAUGCGCAUCCAUAAUUCAACGGGGUUGGCGUCAACUAAAAUUAAAAAGACUUGAAUUUCAGGUAAUUUGAUAUAGUAAUAACAGCAUGAUCACAGUUAUACAUGGUAAAUUCAAUCAUUUAAUUUUAUGGAGUGAUUUCAGUUAUAUAAAAUGGUGGGAUUAUUUUAAAAUAAAAAGGGAAGGGGGUUCCAAAAGUUAACAUCAAAAUUUUUCUUUCAUGUGGUUUACAAUAAAUUCGCUUUUUUAAAGGAAAUCCAAAUCGAGAGUGAGAUAUUUCACUCCAUGUACACUGGGCUUCAACUUUACAACUCUUCAAACGUGCUUAUGGUGACAUCAUCUCAUUACAAUUACAAUGAAAAUAAAUAGAUUAGAAAAAACAAAACAAAACAAACUAACAAACAAACAAACAGUGAUGCUUGUGAAAAACAUCCUAACCGUGACUAAACCAGCAAGGAACAGAAGUUAAAUCAUUUUUCAUAGCGUCCCUUAAUUAGGUAUUUGCAAAAAAUUUCACCCACUCUUUAGUGAUAUAAAGCUGACAGGGUUCUCAGCAACAAAUAUUUUUCUAAACUGGCCCUUGACGAAAGAUGAGUCUCGUUGCAGUUGGGACGCGCUUUAGUUGCUGUGUCAUUGUGAGGGGGCGGCUGUUGUAAGAAAGAGGCGGUUCAUGGGUAGGUGUCCUGUGUAGAGAGGUGGCCCUUCUGAGGAGGUGGUCAUUUCUAGGAAGGCAGCCGGUGUACGGAGGUGACCGUUGUAGGCGGAUGACUGCAGAAGAGACUUUUCGUAUAAAGUAGACCUCUAUUAUGUAGUUCAACAUGGCGUGACGACUUUAAGACGCUGAUAUUUUAUGCUGACAUUAUCAAAAUUGUUAUUUACUUUGCAGAAUAAAUGUGCCGUUAAGAUUCAAAAGGCGUCACGUCUUUUAAAUCUUAACUGCAAGUUUCAUUAUUUUUAAGACUUUCUCGGCGAUUUUAGCUGUAAUCCGAUCCAACAAGAUGAGAUUCUUUCUAAAAGACAUUAUUUGUUCCCUUUCGACUCCAUGGCCUUAUCAGGGAAAUGGAUUCACAAUUAUUAUCAAUAUAUAAUUACUUAUCAGUAUAUAAAUAAUGCUUUUCUCCUGACAGAUUGAGGCCGUCAAAUUAAUUCAGAAAGCUUGGAGAAAGCAUCGAAGAACGAGGAGGGUAAUAAUUUUUAGCCAUAGUAUUCUGUAUUUUUCAUAUUUUAUCUGUAGUCCGUGUUCAACUUCUACAUUUUUAAUCACAAAGACACAAAAAAUUGACUGUAAGGGGAGAGAAUUUUUUGUCUUUGAAAAAAUUACUAGUGCUUAUUUAUUCCAGAAUGGACAAGAAAAAAAAUAAAUGAUUUUAUUACUAAAAAAUGACAAACGUGAAUUGAGAUCAUCCUGGAUUAUCUACACAAUUAAACUUUAUCACUAUAUAAGUACUGCUUUUCUCCUAACAGAUCAAAGCAACCAAAUUAACACAGCAAGCUUGGAGAGACUACCAAACUGGACGAAGGGUAAUAAUUUUUAGCCUCAGUGAUCUAAAGUUUACUUAUUUAAUCUGUAGUCCGUUUUCAACUUUUACAUUUUUAAACAUCCCAAAGACCAAAAAAUAUUGACCGUAAAGGGAGUGAAUUUUUUGUCUUUAAAAAAAUUACAAGUGCUUAUUUAUUCCAGAUUGAAGAAGAAAAAAAUGAUUGAUUUUGUUACUAAUAAAUAACAAACGUGAAAAAAACAAUACAGUAUUGAGAUCAUACUGGUUUAUCUACACAAUUAAACUUUAUCAGUAUAUAAUUACUUCUUUUCUCCUGACAGCUCAAAGCAACCAAACUAAUACCGAAAGCUUGGAGAGAGUACAGAACUAGACGAAGGGUAAUAAUUUUUAGCCUUAGUGAUCUAAAUUUUACUUAUUUCAUCGUAGUCCGUGUUCAACUUCUGCAUUUUUAAACAUCCCAAAGACCAAAAAAAAUUGACCUCAAGGGGGGUGAGUUUUUUGUCUUUGGAAAAAUAACGAGUGCUCGUUUAUUCCAAAUUGAACAAGCAAUCAUUUGAUUACUUAUAAAUGAAAAGCGUGAAAAAAUGUAAUUUAUGACGUUGAGUGACAUGGGAACGUGCCAUCAGAAAUUAACAUUCUGAUGGCACGUUGAAGAAGUUCGCGUGGCAUCAUGGAAGUUUCGGAUUAUUUAAGCGUUUCAUGGGAAAAUGAAGUCAUUGUAGGUCGGUCAGUAUUAUGUUUGACCACUUUCUUUUUUUUUUCCUUUUGUAUUAAUAUGCUCUUCUUUUUCAAAGCCCUGUAAACUAUUACGACAUUCAUUAACUUUUCUUUCUGAUUAGCAGCGUAACCAGGUUAGUUUACCCUUUCCUCGGGGUAUUGUGCUGCUGUUUGUCGUAUCUGGCGUGGCACAGGUUCUUUUUGUAGAACCCUUGGUUUUCAGUGUACAAAUGUGAAGACAAUUUUAGGAUGCUUAUACUACAAGACUGGCUGACUCAUCCUAAAUAAACUUUUCACAUUAAUUGAAUAACUCGUCUGAGUGAAGUCAGAAUAUAAUAAUUCAGACAACUUUUCAUAAUAAUGCUUAUGCAAAGCAAGUGACUAUAUUAUACAAUGCUACAAUUAGUUUUAAAUUCAAUAUUUCAAACUUCAAUCUUUUCCUCCCCCCUUAAUUUCUUAUUUCGUAAUCACGUGCGGCUCACGUGUGAUAUAAUCUAACGAGAUUUGAAGUUGGCAUUGCCAGCUGACGCGGACACUUCCGUGUACUCUUUAUUUUUGUCUCAUUUUCUCAGACUGUAUAAAAUAAUUAAGCACCUUUCUAGCCAUCUGAUUGGCUGUGUUUCUGUAACAUUUGAUAAAUUUAUCAGUAUUAAAGGCUAAGGGUUUAGCCAUGAAUGCAGAGCGUUCCCAUGCAAAACUUAAGCCACCCGUAUCACCAUUCCUUGCAAUGCACCAAUGAAAUCAAUUAAUUUUUUCCAUUUUGCUCUGUACAAAGAUCCGUAGAAAAAGAAAAAGUCAGGAGAUGUCCGAUUAUCCUACCAAAAUGCGAAGAGUGGAAGAUUUGUACAACGUUGAUUUCCAGGACCUAUUUGAAGUUAAGAAACUUGGGGAAGGAGGUUUUGGCGAGGUAGGAGAUUCUGCUAUAUAAAUAAUAUAAAUAUAAAUAUAUAUAAUAUAUAUAUAUAUAUAUAUAUUAUAUAUAUAUAUAUUGUGGGAGGAAGAAGACAAAUAAACUAAAAGUUCAUCCUUACAGGCCUGUUUCGUGGUUGCCCACCCAUCAGGGGAUUUAGGAAAAUUAGAUACUUAAAUUAGAGAUAGUUAUGACUUGUUUAGUCUCAAGGAUUGAUUAUUUUCAAAUUUGAUCCAUGGUUCAGUCUAUCUUCAAUUCUUAUUAAUUUCUUGGGGAAAGAGGGCUGCUGCAAUGCGGAGUCGUUCGGCGUUUAGAAGACUGGGGAAAACCAAAACUAAAGGUUGCGUCAAUUAAUGUCACUACAAAUUGCUCAAAGUACUGUUAAGCAGAUUCUUUAAUGCUUGGCUAUUCUAUUCCUACUUCAGGUAGCGCAAUUUUAUUGUCGAAAAACCCAUGGAAAUUACGCAGUAAAAACCUUUAAGGAGAAUGAAGCAAACAAAUCGAUGGUGUUGAAAGAAACAUUCAUCCUCCUCCACUUGGCCGGGAGUUCCAGGGUUACCCAGUUAUGCCGGGCGUUUACCAUCAAAGUAUGUACCUAAUAAACGGCUUUUGAAUACAUACAGAAAGGUUGGCUACAGGAGCAGAUAAAACACGUCCAUAUUUAGGAAUCUUUUACUGGCGUGGCCAUGGAACUUUGCACAUCGUAGCAGUGGAGUGAUCAUGCCUUCAGGAGGCAACAAUAAGCGUGCUGAGGAAUUCAUUGUUUUAAACUGAACGCAAGUUGAGCCUGCCACUAUCUCAGUCAGUUUUUUUUACUAACGAAUAGUUAGUUAUUGUUUACGAGCCAAUCUUGGGGUCCAAAGGAUUUGGGGGGGGUCUACUUGAUUUUAAGGGGGAAGGGAGGAGGGAUUAGUCGUCGUUAACAGAGCAUAAGGGAGGAGCUUGAGGAAUUUGAUUGUCAAUGAAAUUCCAAUGAGGAAGAGUCAGAAAGCCUUAGGGAGGGAUUAAAUGAAUUUUAAUGAACGAUUCAUUAAGUAAUUAACGCCAGUUUGUUGAAAAAAGAAACAAAGCAUUAAUCAACACAGCCGUGAUGCUGAUGUCAAUAAACUAAACAGAAUGUUUUUGUUUCAGCACACAAAAACAGCCUUAGCGCUUGAGUAUUUGCCCGGUGGGGACUUUGCUGGAGUUCUGCGAACCCAGGGAGGAAAACUGAGUGAGGAACGCGCCAGGUACGAUUUAAAUGAAAAGAAGUUUCAACGCCUUUUGAAGGAAAACAGCUGAGCAUCCCGGAAGUGUUUAAAAUUGUUAUCCUAAUCGUCACUCAUGCUCAUUAAAUCUUUACCAACAUAUAGGCUUUUUCUAUGCCGCUGUCAACGCAUUCAGUUUUAAGUUUGCAGACUUGCAGUUGCUCAUUUUCUUCUGACUAAGACCCAGGUUACAACUUAGAAAGUCAAUUAAAAGUAUUCAUACGACAACGUCUGGUAUUUCAGGUUUUACGCCGUCGAUAUCGGCCUGGGAUUGAAAUAUUUGAAUUCGAAAAACGUCAUCCACAGGUAUGUUUGUGGCAUAACGUACUCUGGAAUGUCUCAUUCCGAAGAAAGAUUUGUUUUUUCCCCGGUGUUUUGGAACCCUUUAUAAAACAACACAGACGAUAUUGAUAACCAUAACAGUAACGACAGAGAAAAAAAUGACAAUAACAACGAUAACAAUAACACUGACGACAAGAAUAACAGGAACUAGAGGGAUUAUAGGAAUGAUAAAGAGAAAUAUUUGAAAAAUAACACAGCCAGUAUACACCCAUUUCUUUCCGAUUGCUACAAGGAUACAAAAAAAUUUUCUCGUUCAUUCCGGCUUAAUUCCAAUGUCGACUAACUUACCUUCCCUGUCUAACCAGCUUUCUUGAUGCAAAUUGGCUGAAACAUAAUGCACCACUAGCGGUCGAGAAAAAGAAAAAAAACUUGUUUUUUGAAAUCGAGGAGCCACAAUUGACAUGAGCGGUAUGGGAUUGGAAUCGAGAAAGAACGGGUAGAAGAUUUUCCAUUGUAACAGAAAAAUUGAUGCAAAUCUGGUUUGCCCUGAUGUAAAGUAAUGUACACUAAAAAUGAGUGAAAGAAGUUUUUGCCAACUUAUUUCAUCAGAGAUCUAAAACCGGAAAAUAUUCUGGUAACCUCAAAUGGCCACCUGAAGCUGUCAGACUUCGGUCUGAGCGAAUUUGUCGUCUUUACAGUCACUGGAAUAUGUGGAACUUAUCCAUAUAUGGCGCCUGAGGUAUAAGGCUUGUAGCAGAGUACCCUGAAAAGUCUUUGUUCAAACCGCAAGUGUUUUUUCUCACUAUUUAUUUAUCUUCUCGUUGGAUUUUUAAGAAAGUUCUUCUUUCUUCUUCUCCUACUCUGAGGAUAAAAUGUAUUCCUAUAUUCUUCCACCUUGGUCAAUCUUAAAUCAAGGCAUUGUCAAACGAGACCCAAAAAUCUUCUCGGCACUAAAGGGGUAGAUAACCUCUCUGCUUGUCACGAGAAUUUGACAAAUUACGAUAAAAAACAUUUUGUUAUGCCUCUCCGCCCUCAGUUUCCGACGAAAAAAGAGUAGAAGGACCCCCUGCUAGAAGAUCCUGACCACGCCCUUGUUAAUACACAAAUAUUUCAACCAGGCUCAUGCAGUUGAAUUUGUUAAUACACUUUUUUCAAUGCUAAUAAACUCCACUCAAUCUGUGUUACAGAUGAUCAUGGGAAAGUCAUAUACGUACUCUGUGGACUGGUGGUCCUUUGGCGUGACUUUAUUCCUGAUGCUGACUGGCCAGGUUUGUACAAAUAAUAUUCGUCACAUGGGAAUAGGACACUAUCCUACGGCAAACAUUGUAAGGGAAGACUCCACCCGAAAAGGGGAUCUGUUUUAGGCUUCAGAUAUCCUAAGGGGUACAGAACAGAUUCCAUCAAAUGGACAGUCAAAGAGUUUGGAAAUAGUUAUCACCGAGGGAUUGGAAGAGAAUUUAAAGUUCCACACUGAUAUAAAUCCUCAGCUCAUUUCAAUAGUUUAGAAAGACGUUGCAGUCCGUUAUACGUUUGUGAAAUGAGUGAAAGUUUUAUAUGACAGCGGCAUCUUUCCUGCAAAAUAUGACGAAUAAAAAGACUGAGAAGGGCUUGGAUAUGACCGAGGACCGAAAAAACAACAACAACAAUAACAACAAUAAAGGGUUCUUAACCCACCCCCCUCGAACACUCAUCUGGCCUCCAACAAGAACCAGGGGGGGACAUAGACACAGCAAUUAAAUAUUUUCAUUGUUCUGUUUAUUUUGUUAUAUAUCUACUUAUCAGCUACCAUUUUAUGGUGAAGACGAGAGACAACUUUUCGAAAACAUUGUAUACACAACGCCUGAUAUCCCCAAUUGGCUUGGGAGAGAGACCAGAGAUUGCCUUUUUAAGGUCAGCAAACGAAAUCCAAAGUUUUGCGAGUUAAGUAAAUAACUUUCUUCUAAGACUAGAGGGGAUGUCCUGUUUUGUCUUAAAUGAAACCGAUUUCCUCAAAAUCAUCAUACAUAACCUCUGAAAAUUGAUCUCCUUCUGCCCCACUGCAAAAUUAAGUUUGAUUAAAAACAUUGGCAUUUAACAUGCACACGUGGCGCGAGGAAUCAUAAAAUUGCUUGGGUAAAUUUGACGCAAAAAUCACCAAGAUUCCGGUUCAAUAGGAAAUACAAGAAAUUUACAGAUUAAUAUUAUCAAAUUUUUCAAGCUGUAACUGACACCUUGAGGUGUGUACUCAACAAAAUUUACAGUACAGGUUAUGAACGAACCAAUUAAUUGAAUUGAAAAUAAAAAAUUAGAUCAUCAAGGUUUGCGGAUCACAAACUUUUGCGAUAAACUGAAAGGACCCAAUGUAAUUCGCACAGAAAGUAUGAACAACUCUCCUAGUUAAGUGUUUCUAAAUAAAUAUUUUUGGCAAACAUUGUAGAGGAAAUAGUGCACUUCAUUAUUUAAGUCAGGUAUUUCGAUUUUAACGAAACAAAUCUUUUAUUUCUGUAUAAGCAGCUUCUCCAAAAAUGCCCAGAUGUGAGGCUUGGUGUUGACAAUUUCCAAUACCAUCCGUUCUUCAGCUGUCUUCAGUCUUCAGAACCUCUAGCAAUUGCAUGUGGUCCAUCCGCGGUAAAUACGACAACAGAGAAUGAGGUAUGCUGA